AUGACAAGAAAGAAGAGAAAGUAUGUUGCAAUUCCAAAUAAGAGCCAAAGAAAAGCAACUCUCAAGAAAUGUAGAGAUUGCUUGUUCAGAAAAGCAAAACAGCUUUCAACCUUGUGCGAUGUUGAAGUGGGUGUAAUCGUCCAGGAUCAAGAGAAAAAGGAUGUUUUUGUCUGGCCAUCACACCAUGAAGUUGAAGAAAAGCUUAUGAGAUUCCUAAAUGUACCGGAUAUUGAUAGGACAGGAAAUUUUCUACACAUGAAAGCUUCCUUACAGGAACAUCAAACAAAUGCAUAUAUACCAAAUCCAAAAUUGAUUGAAGACUUGAAGUAUGACAACUGGCUAAGAGAGGCGAUGUUUGAUAAACCAAGCAACACUUUCCCCAGUUGUGCAAGUGACAUAGGGUUUCACCAUACCAAUGCAUGUAGUAAUGAAGGGAAUAAUAUGGUUAAUCAUAACACUGCAGGAAGCAGCAGUGGAGGAAAUCACAUGGAUAUCACACCACCAAAUGUUGCUGACCCUUCUUUUGGAACAAAUGAUGGAUUCCCUGAGAUUAUUGUUGUUUCACCUUGA